AUGGAUCCUUCGUGGGGGUCUUCACAAUUUACGUUUUCGGGUUUCCAACAAUCUCCUAACGCCUUCUCCCAAAUGUCCCAACUUCAACGAAUGCAACAAUACCAAGCACUCCAACAAUUCAUGCAACGCGGCUCGGUUCAACUUGAUCAAUUCCAAUCGCAACCGCCAACUUCCCAACCGCAACCCUCGGUUCAACUUGACAAUGAUGAUGAAGUCGUCCCCGAAUCGCCACCUAAAGAACUCAAGCGCAAAAAAGGGGGAAGGCCCGAACCCGACACCGCAAAAAAAGCGGUUCGAGAGCAAAGGCGAGAACGGAACAAUCAAACGGGUUCUAGUUUUUGGAAGGCAUGUACGGAUAGAUUUAACGAGCUUAUGGGGCAAGGCCCGGCCCGUGAUCUCGAUCCCGUAUCGGGCAAGUGGCGGAAAAUGAACAAGUGCGUGAAUGAUUUUAUCGGGAUUUAUAACCCACUUUACAUCAAUCGUCCUAGUGGGAGUAGUGGCGAGGACGUUCUUAACCUUGCGAUGGCUAGAUGGGAAUCAAAAAAACCGCCUUUCCCGCACCUCCGAGCAUGGAACAUUUUAAAGAAAGAACCUAAAUGGGCGCCGGUUCCAAAUGAGGUCGCAACCGCCAAACGGACUAAAACUUCCGAGUCCGGAAGUUAUAGUGCGGGAGGCUCCACCGCUCGUUGUCAAAUCGACAUAAACGACGAACCGGAAUAUGACGAGGAUGUGGUGCCCGCUCACGAGAUCGAACGUCCCGGCGGAAGGGACAAAGCAAAAAAAGAGGCGGCCGGAAAGCGCAAAGGGGCCGGCUCGAGUGGAGGGGGCGGCUCGGGUGGAGGUGGCGGGAAGGCGUCUUCGAAAAUGGACGAGUUGAUUUCCGAAUUCCGUUCGUUUAAAGACUUUGCGGCCGAAAAAUAUAGUCACAAGAAAAACGUGUCGGCCGACUAUGCUCGAGCGGAGGAUUUUAGGAUAAUGAGGUUGGAUCUCGACUCGGUUCGGGAUGAUGAACGAGAGGUGUAUCGGAGGAUGAAGGAAGAGGUGAAGAAAAAAUGGACGUCGUAG